AUGUUCUUUGAUCUUGUUAAUAAUAACAAGCGAUCUAAUGAAUUUUCAAAAACUGCUGGGGAUUGGAUUAAUCUCGCCCAGUUGGCGGCUGUUUUUGUCCCCUGUCUUCUCUUAUUUUUUAAGGGUCUCUACUAUCCGUCCGACCGUCACAGUUGCACACUAAAGAUCUUUAUGGCAAUGAUCUACCUUAGUUUCAUGCUUAUUUCUAUUAUCCCCCUCUUUAUUGAUGUUGUUGAUCAUGAUAUCUUCGGACCCUGGGACAGUCAUGACCGGGCUUUUGGACUUGGUUUAUUUUAUGGAUUCCACUUGUUUUAUGUCCACCCGAUUAUAACUCUCGUGGGAAUAUAUUCCUUUUUUCCCCAGGCUCACGAACUUGACUCUCGGACCAGGCUGCACGCUCUUAGCAAGACAGGCCUGGCUAUACAGGCCAUUACCUUUACCAUUGUUGCUAUUUCAUGGACUGUUAGGGUUAAACUAUACGAUGAUGUCCUCACGAAGCUUCCUUUGUGGAGCACCUUCAUGGACUGGUAUAGAUAUAUGUGGUGGGCGGCGGUGGAUAACAUGGUAUUUGCUACUAUCCAGGCUGGCUUGUUUUUCAAGGCACGUCAUAAGGCACGGCAGUUGGAAGGCGAGACGGAACCCUUACUCAGAGACCAGGUUGAGGACACGGAGACAUAA